AAGAAAAGAAUGAUUACAGUAAUUAUCACAUUUAUUCUACAACAAACUUUCAUUAUGAGUCAAGAGUGUCCUGACAUCUACAGGAGAUAUACAAAAGAUCACACAGGCUGCUUACAACGUAAGAGCAGUUGCGAAUUUCUCAAGAUAGGAAUGGAUGAUCCAGAGACUGAAAAAGAGAUCAUACUAAGAUAUCACAACGAGAUAAGAAGCAAGAUAGCCACUGGUCAAGAAAAAGGUGCGGGAGGUAUGCCACCAGCUGCAAAUAUGCUUGAAUUAACGUGGGAUGAUGAGCUGGCACAUUUAGCUCAAAAAUGGGCAGAAAAUUGCCGCAUACCCUGUUGCGAGCACGAUUGUUGGCCAUGCCGAGCAACAAGAACUUUUACAGUGUGUCAAUGUAUGUCUACUCAUCCUUAUUAUUGUCCGAAAGAUGGAAAUUGCCGACCUAGAAAGAAUGAUUGGAUUGCGUCAAUCAAGCUAUACUAUGAUGAAGUCAGUAAUUUUGAUAAAAAACUUAUAAAGAAAAUGGCGUGGGCCAGAAGAUGGGGCCAUUUUGUACAGGUUAAUUGGGCGAAAACUUAUAAAGUUGGUUGUGGUGUUUCGAUCUAUCGAUUGAAUUCCAGAGAAGUAAAUCAUUUUUAUGUUUGCGACUAUGGACCAUCGCCUGAUAUGAGUGGGGGUGUCAUGUACUUAGAAGGGCCACCUUGUUCAGCAUGUCCAAUAAACUCAUGUUGCGGUGCAUCUACCUGCAGCCAUGGAGGUUAUCCAGGACUUUGCCACUUGUAUAGUACACCACCACAGUAUUCACAUUCACCGAAUCGGCGAUUCUACUGCGCCUUCCAAACCGGUGAUUCGAAUUGCGCUUUCACCCAAGAAGGAGACGUUGGUUGGCAAAUUUUCACGACUGUAGAUGGUAAUAUGGUGAGCACCGUACUCGCGCCAGGUCAGACUGCGUCCAUUCAUUUACAGCAGUGGAUUUAUGCAACCAAUGGCUCCUGCUUGUAUCUUUUAAUGAAAGCAGGCCCCAAUGUUGCCGGACAAAAGAAUGCCAUUCUCUCUAGAGUUAUUCUAGAUUACAACGGAGAACAAUUUCCGACAUUCGUAUGGUCGUAUGUGACUUGGGAAUUCCACAAAUUCCCUGUUGUUUUGAAAAAAGAUGGUUAUUUCCAGGUAACCUUAUCGAUGCAGGUGGCAACUGGAGAUCCUCCUCAGUUUUUUGAGUGUAAAGAGAUCGAAGUCGUCGAAGAACCUUGCGAUUUCCAUAUUAAAGAAAUUAGUUCUGGAAGUCAGCGAUGGGAGAUUUCAACACUCUUGCAAUCAGUCUUUUGCCUUCUCACGUUUUGUUGCUUCUUUUCCUAAACGAGAUUGACAAAAACUCAUUAUGCACUUUUUUUCGCUGUAGUAAUUUUCUACUGUAAAAAUUAAAUAGUUAAUAAUUAA